AAAUAUUAUCAUCGGAUACCACGAUCAUACGAUAAAUGGAUCGUAUCUAAUAGACAGAGGAGACAAGUUAUCGAAUCGAAUUCUAUCGAAAGUAACCGAGGUCAAGAGCAUAGAACUAAAGCUACGUAUAUCGACUCCAUUUCCUUGAUAUCUGAACGAAAAGUUUCUGCCCCGUCCGUUGAAAAGCUUUAGUAUAUCCCGGCCGAUCAGGUUGCCUGGGUCUAGCCGGGUGACUGCUUGUUGCCUGACGACUGCUUGCUCGACUGGCUGACUGCUAGCCGGCUUUCAGUCUCGUCUGGUUCAGUCGCCGCUCCGACAUCCUGCUCGCAACACGACCGCGGCCGGUGCCAGCACGGGGGCCUCCGUGCCUUUCCACGUUUCUCUCAUCAUCUCUUCGUUUACGGUUUCUGUCAUACCGUGGCGGAUGCAGCGGGGCCGUAACCCGGCUUUUUUCGGCGCCAGUUAAGACCCACGUGCACACGCCGAACGCUGAACCCGGUCGGAAGAAGAGUAAGUUGCUCUUAAGAACCAAGGUAUACGUAUCCAGUGACUAAUGGAGAUCUGUUUGUUUCUUCGCCUAAUAGGGGAGCGCGUAUACCAUUUUAAUAUAAAUUGAAUAGUGGAAAGUUAAGGAAGGUGUCGUGGAUAUGCGCGGAACAACGAUCGAAAGAUUUUCGGUCGGAACAGUGAUUGUGAGAAUCUUGUUGUUUCGCGAGUGAGAAUUCGAUCGAGCGUGAUAUUGUAAAUUCCCAGGAUGAAAUUCGAAGUUUAUUUUUCCGGCUGGCUUACGUAAGUGCUUUUAAUAAAUUAAGACGGCUCGAAUACAAAGAAUAUUUGUUUAGAACUCUGUGGAGUUGCCGUUUAAUGAGAUUGUUCAGCCGUGAACCGCGAUCGUCGAGAGGUCGCAAAAGCCUUUCGUUAUUAUCGUGCUCUCGAACUCGAAAAGUCGAUGACUCUUUGAAACUUGUACAGGCUGCUUGUCUUCGAUUCGAGUCACGGCUAGGACAAGUCUGCUGUUCUAACGCGAGGCUUUUGCCGCGUAUGAUUUGGCCUGAACCGCGGCUCGAUGUCUGUGGGAACAAUUAGCGGAGGCUACUAUCGUUCCACGCAACAACUUUUAAUAACUCGGUUCUUCGCUUGAUCCCAGCUCCCACUUCUUUCGAAAAUACAAUCGUUCGGAAGUUAACGAGACCGGACAGUCACGAGAAUUUAACCGCAACGUGUGUUCCAACCAGUCGACCACUUUAUCGUGACUCACCAAACGUAUGCAAAUCUCUCUCGUAGAAUUGAUUAAAAUAAAUGGAAAUUUCGUCACUCUUUUGAAUAUUGUCGCACUUAUUCGUAAAGUGUAUAUAAAAAUUCAUACGAAUUUCAUAUAUUUUCGUGCAUACCUCGUAUAUAUGUAAAUUUCAAUUUCCACUUUCUCGAAGAUUAUUUUAAAAGAGACGAGGGUAAAUCGACUAUUUCUAUUCGUGGUAUACCGAUGACGAUGACGAUGAUGAUGAUGAUCUUCGAGAUUCUUCUUUUUCCUGACUCAUCUUUAUCUUGCUCGUAAAGUAAAGAACUAGGAGUCGUAUCCUACCUUAGAAACUAGCGGAGAUCUGGAGCUGACUUUCGGCUUAAACCGGUUCUUCUCCCGCCUUUAUACCUCCUCAUUCCUGCACGUCACUUCGAAUCGCAUCCUUUAACGGGACGAACACCGGGAUUUCGUGGAUUUACCGAUUCAACCGUGUAAUCGCGAUUGUCAACACUAUUGUGUCGACGCGAAUCUAUCGAUUUCUACGAGCAUCAUCUAACGGUAUCAAAGCGUAUUCUCUCCAACGAUGAAGAUCAUCAUCGCUCGUCGUUGAAUUCGUUCGUGAAAAAGGUAUGAAGAAAGAGAAGAGGAACGAUGGAAAUAUCGAUAAAACAACCGCGCCAAUUUUCCUCGCACUUCAAAUUAUCUUCAAAGGUGUUAUUAUUCGUAGCAAUCUUGUUCAAACUGAUAAGAUUAAUCGCGGCGCGGACGAAUAUUAAAUUUACGCGUCGUCUUCUAUUAAAUAUUAUUGCACAGAGCCAAGAUAAAUCGCAUUAACCGUGGAUUUUAACGGGAAUCUGAUUUUUCUUUUCCCCGUUCCACAACCGAGAAUAAACGCGGGAAGAUUGUGGGAACGGAAACUGGUGUGUGAAUAACGACUACCAACAAUCGUCGAUGACCAUCAAGCGACCUUUCAUUUAACGAAUAAUUAAUUUACAGUUAACGAGAAAGUCCUUUCCUCGUGAUUUAAUGCCAUUUCUAUUCUCGCGGAAACAACAUAUAUCCCUGUUUUAGAAUCGAAUUAACCGUUAACUAGUAUUUUACGGUACAUCACGUGUUUUUCCUUGUUGGUUUCGCGCGAAUAAAACGAUUCCUUUGUGCAACGAAAUUCGAUAACUGCCCGCAUUCGCAAAGAUAUGUAUAUCAGUUUGCCUGGAAACCGGUUUUCUCAAGGGACAAUUCUUCGCCUAUGCCGUUUAGGGAAUCAAUCUCAAACUAACCGUUCGGAAGACGAAUGUUUGCUUGCUUCUUGCAUUAUAUUUUCACAGAUCGACAAACGCGUAUAAGUGGGAAUUGCUACGUCCUUUUUGAAAUUCGAAACACGGCGGGGAGAGGGGGAGGAAAAAAAAAUACUUAACGGUAUUCUUCUUCUGAAAAACCGAAAAAGUGCAAACCGAAGAAUGCAAAACAUUCUUAGAGAAAACGUGUUUUCUCGUUAUUCGUGUUACUAGAAUGAGCCAAGUAUCGGAUUAAUUGAUCAAGAACGUCUUCUAACGGCGCCAAGUCCUCGUUCCUGGAUAUACUAUUAUCCGACUAUUAUCUAACCUGCGGUUUUGCACAGUGCUGUUCGUCGUUCUCACGACGUAACAGCAGAAAAUACCAACUGCGCGAAGGUAACCAAAUCCUGACAGAAUCGGAUAAUCAAUUUCAAGUUUCACAAUUGCUCGAUCCCGAUUCAAAUCCCGGAUAAUCGAAUUCAUUAAGUUGAAUAUUAUCUGUCGAUUGAGCGAGAGAUCGUUUCGAUCGAUUAUCGAUAGGAUAGGAUUGCCUCAUCGAGCACGCAUGAUUCAAACGACGAACGAAUACGAAUUAUUAUAUUAAUCUAUCGGCGUACAACAAUCGAAGAGUUACGAAAUAUUCAAUGUACCAAAGCGAAGCCACGUAUUGAAAAUCAAAUAUUAAUUGGCGAGACGAAAGUUCAAGUCGCGUAUUGGUCAACACGUGUGCGACCUCGAUCGAUCGUGCAUAAUUGAUCGUAUCAAUUUUUACCCACGAAAUAUAAUGGGGCCGUUUAUAAUUCAGCACCACCGUUUUUUUCUUUUUUUUUUUUUUUUGUAUUUCUUUCAGAUUAACAUGAACGAUCGUUUCGCGAAGGUUUUUCGAAAUCUUCCCGAACAACUAUGGGAUUCGACGAAAUGCAGUUGUUGGCGUUGUUGAUAAAAAUAUUCGAUGUUUGAGCAACCGGUGCUCGGUAUCGAGAAGGAGGAGCGAUGGGAUCGUACGAAGAAUUUCCAGCAAUUACGCUAAUUAACACAUUGAAAUCAUUAAAGAAGGGGAUCACGGGUGCUAGAAAGAUGACGAUGAACCCAGCCGGAGAUCCAGAGACUCCACGAGAUCAAUGGAUGAGGUGACGUUUCACCCAGUGAUGCGUAAACGACGUGGACUGGCCAGCGCCAUUCUGGGCCUGAUAGUGGGCCUUCUCUUAGGUUUCCUCAUCCAAAGCUACAAGAUACUCUCCUCGACUCAUCAACAUCAACGGUUGAACGUUUACGCGUCCUCGAUGCCUGGCUCGCGGCUUUUGAUCAAACCAUCGGCGAGAAACGUUCCCAAAUUGGAAGACGAUGAACAGAUAAACAGUUCCUCGACCAGUUUGGUGUUCGUGGGCGUAAUGACAGCGAGCAAGUACCUAGAUUCGCGAGCCAAAGCGGUGUACGAGACUUGGGGCAAGGAGCUUCCAGGAAAAAUUGCCUUCUUCUCGUCCGAAAACUCGAUAGUCCCGAAGAAUUGUCCCGAUCUACCUUUGGUGGCAUUGCCGCGGGUCGACGAUACGUAUCCACCCCAGAAGAAAUCGUUCAUGAUGCUGCAGUACAUGUGGAACAAUUACGGGGAUCGUUUCGAGUGGUUUCUCAGGGCUGACGAUGACGUUUACGUGAGGACAGACCGUCUGGAACAAUUAUUACGAUCCGUCAAUUCGAACAGAGCCAUGUACAUCGGCCAAGCGGGAAGAGGAAACUCCGAGGAGUUCGGUCUCCUCUCGUUGGAGUACGACGAGAAUUUUUGCAUGGGCGGGCCAGGCGUUAUUCUGUCCAGGGAGACGUUGAGAAGAAUCGUGCCGCACAUCAAGUAUUGCCUCAGACAUCUGUACACCACGCACGAAGACGUUGAAUUGGGAAGAUGCGUGCAAAAGUACGCCGGUAUACCUUGUACCUGGAGCUACGAGAUGCAGUCUAUCCUAUAUCACAACAGUUCCGGGGCGCAAGCGUUCACCGGAAACUUGAAGAAAAAAGAAGUUCACCGUGCUAUUACGUUGCAUCCUGUUAAAAAUCCGCCGCACAUGUACAGAUUGCACAAUUACAUGAGGGGGCUUAAGAUUCAAGAUCUGCAACAAGAGAGACUCAAUCUUCACAGGGAUAUCUACACCAUGGCGAAGCAAUUGGGGAUCAGCGUGGAGAAUCUGAAGAAUUACGAGAUAGCCGAUCGUGUCCCGCUGUUUCCAGUCAAACCAUAUUCGAAACUGUAUCCCGGUGACACCGAAAUAUUGGGUGUUUCGGCAGGACUUCGUUCGUUCAAACCGACGACAAGCGACGAAGUAAUUCCUUGGGAUUUCUUGUCGAGAUCCGAGUACAGCUUGGGGGAUUCGAAUCCCAGAAGAAGAAUUCACAGUGACAUAAAAGAAGGUUUGGAGGACAUUACGAGAGAAGUGAUGGCUUCCAUAAAUGCCUGUUCACGACAGCGUGGUCGAGUAGUGGAGGAAAGGUCGACUCUUUACGGGUACAGAAGAGUAGAUUCCUACGGUGCUGACACGAUACUGGAUCUUCUUCUCGUGUAUCGAAAGUACAGAGGUAGAAAGGUUACGCUACCAGUUAGGAGGCACGUGUAUCUUCAUCAACAUUUUACAGGAGUGGAAAUACGAGAAACGGUGGACGGGAUGGAAGUUGACGAGACGCAAAAAAAUCGAGAAAGCGACAAGUCUUUGCAAAAUAUAUUCCGCGGCGGUUUCUUAAACUUGAAUUUCAACUUCGAGGAAGUGGAUCCGGUCAAGGAUAAGAUCAUUCAUUUUAUUCUACCAUUAUCCGGAAGAUACGAGAUUUUUCGAAGAUUCCUGCAAAAUUACGAAGAAAUCUGUCUAACGAGUGGAGAGAGGACUGCGCUGUUGGUCAUGCUCUAUCAUCACGGAACGGAAAACUCGUUCAAUCGAACGAUAGAUUUGGUGGAACGAUUGAAAUAUAAGUAUCGUAGCGCCAGUAUUGAUAUUAUUCCUAUUUCUGGUACAUUUUCCAGAGCCAAGGCUCUUAAUCACGGUGUAUCGAGAUUGAAGAACAACGAUUUAAUGCUCUUCAUCGACGUCGAUAUAGCAUUUACCGAGUCGGCUCUCUACAGAAUUCGCGUCAAUACUCUUUUAGGUAGACAAAUAUAUUUCCCGGUGGUAUUCAGUCAAUAUGAUCCAAAGAUCGUUUACGGGGACACCAAAAGUCCAGACACGUUCGCCGUAAACGAAAUGGCGGGAUAUUGGAGGCAAUUUGGAUUCGGUAUUGUCUCUUUGUACAAACAGGAUUACAAAGACGUGGGCGGUUUCAAUCUGUCCAUUCAAGGAUGGGGCAAGGAGGACGUAGAUUUCUACGAAAAAGUAAUCAAGUCGAGUAUCAAGAUCUUUAGAGCGGCUGACAAAGAUUUGGUUCACGUUUAUCACGAUGUCGAGUGCAGUAAAGAUCUGUCAGAGACGCAAUGGUCCAUGUGUAUGGGAACCAAGGCUGACACCUUGGCUGGAACAGAGACACUAGCCCAAAUGAUUUACGAAAAUCCGGAAAUAUUACAAUAUGCCAAAGCCAGACGGGCUAAUUUAACGCGUACAGCGGGUUGAAUGAAAUGAUCUUUAAAAUAACUACCUUAUCUCGGUCGAUAAGAUAGAAAUCAUGAUUCUAAUCAUGCGAUGUCGGAACAUUUCGUAGAUAGAAUAUUUUGUAUAUACACGGUGUAAUUAACGGACUGAAACGUACAUUGAAUAUUUAAUGCCGAUCGCGAAUUCACCAAAGUUUUUCCUCUAAUAAGAUUAUCAUAAUGAUCAAGUUGAACUGUGUGUUGUGUCGAUAAAACAGAUCUUGUAAACUUUAAUUUAAUAAAAUAACGAAGAUAUAUUUAACGAAAGAAGUAUUGAAUACUUUGAUCAUCGUUUAUCUUUUUACGUAUAAAUAUAUACUUUAAAUAUUAGAAAUUAUUAAUGAUAUACAGAAUAUUGAUGAGGAUCGAGGAAAAAAGAAAAAAAAUUUCAUGACACAUUGAUAUUUUGUACAUCGACUAUUAAAUCUUGGCAUUAUUUACGUUAUAAAUGUGAUGUAUCGCUUUUUUUGGUUGCUAUUAGUUUAUUACGCUGAAUAUUUUUCAUUUAAGCUCGGAAGAGUAUACUAGUAUUUUUUUUUUUUUUAUAAAUCAAUACUAUAUAUUCCAUCAUAAUAAAUUUAUUUGUAUUAUAAUAUAAAAAAAAAA